AUGGCACCACUUCGUUUCAUCUUCAACAUAGUCAAAGUUCUCCGAUUUCCUCUGCAUUUCUUUGGAAUUCUUCAACUAAGGUUUAGCAAGUCUCGUAAAGAAUAUCAACAAAAUGCUACCCUGUGCAGAUUCCUACCAGUAAUUUUAAUUUCAUUAGUAUUACUGGUUCACAAUUUCGUGAGUCGCUAUUGGGAAAGAGAGAACCAGCUUAUUAGUUUGCUGAAUAUUGAGAAAAGACCUCUUAGAAGUAGAACCGAAAUAUGGAGCGAGAGGCUUACAAGCCUCUAUAUAUUUCUGACGUUAAUCUGGUCUUUGGUCAAAAAAAAUCAACUGUUCAAUUUAUUAAAUGAAGCGCAAAUGGAGUGUAAAAAGCUUAAGUGCCUGCUGGAUGAACAUUUUCACCUGAAAUGCUCUUGGCUCAUUUUCUUCUAUGGAGUACUUUUGCUGGUUUUUCUUUCUGUGUUCGGAGCAAACAUGUUAUAUUUCAACUGGCCAAAAUUGACUUCUGAGCCAGGAACCAUAACUCUAACCGAAGUGUUUCAGGUUUCCAAUUUUUUGAUGGGACUACCACGAACAAUGUUUGUACUGAUUAUUGUGCUGCACGUUCUUUACCAUUUGAUAAAUGCAGGAUGGCUCCAAUCCUUAAGAAAUUUAAGUGGGCAAGGAAACCUUAAGAUAUACCAAUUCCAGCUCAGAAAUGUUUUUUCUAUUCAAAAAAGAGUUAAUCUCUUAGCUGGUAACUAUUUUAAAAUGUCCUACAUGUGCUACGCACUUAUAGUAGGUUUUCGAAUAGCUGAAUGUCUUCAGCUCUUUCAUUACGACUCCAACGAGUUUGUGCAGCAGCAUAAGAGCCAAGAAGAUCUAGAAGAUGAAGCCGAAUGGGCCGGUCAAGAAAACUUAAUAAGUAAAGAGGAUCCACUGAUGAAACCUGUGCUGAUAUUAUUAUGCCACUUGGCUUUGUGGAUUUUGCUCCUUGCUGCAGCUCGAACCCAGCAAGUGGAAUAUUUUAAAGUAUUGGAGGAAUGCUGGAAGUACAAAUUGGAUAAAAAAGAUUGCGAAGUCAAACAAUUUCUUGCUGAGAAUUCGUGGAAAGGUUAUUCCUUAAAGCACCUGGAUAUUUUUGAUAUAAUGAUUCUUUCAGGUAUCUCUGUUUGCGACCGUCAACACAAGUCCGUUUGCUUUGUGACCACAACGUUAGGAAAAAAAAACUCAACCUAUUUAAAUUUAAACAUUGUACUCGGACAUUUUAAGCUCCUGUCAAACCUGGCAAUUUCCGCUGGGAUCGUCUACUUUAUACAGCAAACGGAACUCAGGCACCUUCACAAAUACCUCAGCCAGGAAUCAAAGUAA